AUGGCCGGCCCAGUUCGCCAACCAAUCGACAUCCCCUCGCUUGAGCGCUAUCUUGCAAAACAUGUCCCAGAGAUUAUCCCUCCGCUCGAUGUAAAGCAGUUCGGCUUCGGCCAAAGCAACCCAACCUACCUCCUGACCUCCUCCUCCCCGACCAAAUCCCGCUUCGUCCUCCGCAAGAAACCACCAGGGAAACUCCUCUCAAAGACAGCGCACCAGGUCGAGCGCGAGUAUCGCAUCCUCCAUGCGCUCCGCGAUACAGAUGUCCCCGUUCCGAAGGUCUAUGUUCUCUGUGAGGACGUCGAUGUGAUUGGGACGGCGUUUUAUGUCAUGGAGUUUUUGGAUGGGAGGUUUAUUACGGAUCCGCUUAUGCCUGGGGUAAAUCCCGGGGAGAGGAGGGAGAUGUGGCGCUCCGCGGUCGAAACGCUCGUCAAACUGCACACACUGGACUAUACAUCCCUCAGCCUCACCAGGCUAGGAAAGUCAUCCGGCUUCUAUACGCGGCAAAUAAAAACCUUCACCUCGAUCUCACGCACACAAGCCCUAGCCACAGACGUCGACACCAAAACCGCGAUCGGGCCCCUCCCACGCCUCGAAGAAAUGACCACCUUCUUCUCCCAGAACCAGCCCGCAGAUCGAACCUCGAUCGUGCACGGCGACUACAAAAUCGACAACAUCGUCUUCCACAAGACAGAGCCCCGGGUAAUCGGUGUACUAGACUGGGAGAUGGCGACGCUGGGCCACCCGCUCUCGGACAUCGUUUCGCUCGUCAGUCCCUUUUUGCCGCAUACCUGGGGCGUGCAGGGUUCUUCCUCGAGUCUUUCUCCUACUUUACCAUCCGGCAGCGAUCUCGCCAAAUCAGGCCUCCCAACCCUCGAGGAAUGUAUAGACUGGUAUACAGCGGGAGGCGGCUACGCCGACGUCCGGAAAGAUCUCACAUGGGGCCGGGCGUUUGCUGGGUUCCGGGGCGCGGUGAUUAUGCAGGGGAUUGCGGCGCGGUAUGCGCUGCGGCAGGCGAGUAGUGCGUCGGCCAAGGAGUUUGGGGCCAUGGCGUGGCCGACGGCGGAGAAUGUUUGGGGGCUUGUGAGGGAGAUGCAGGGAAACGCUCAGCAGAUCCAGAAAAGCAGGGCAGAGGAAGACGAUACUGGGCCGGGGGAGAGCGAAGCAAGGGGUGGCGGUCGAGGGAGGCAGAGGCUGUAG